UUCCAGCGGCCGCGAGUUGCAGAGGGAAGAAAAGUCCGGGGCGCGCGGCGGGGCGGCCACUGCAGCCGGAGCGGACGGUCGCGGUGCGGGCAGCGCGGGGCGCGGAGUGGGCGCGAGGCCUGUGCGGGCGCCGGGCGGUGCGGGACGCGGGCCCCGCGGCGCCGGGGCAGGGACCACAGUGCGGAGCGGCGCGCCGGCCAAGGCGGUUUCAGCGUGGUCAAGAGAGUGAAUGUGUCGGAAGUGGGUGUACCUCGCAUGAAUCAUCAAGAGCAUUGUAUGCUGUAAAUAUCAGCGGCAUAUUUAUCUGGUUCAAAACUCUGCUGAAUCAUAACCAUUUGCCGCUGAGCUAUGACAAGAGAGGAAGCAAAAAGUUAGACGAGCAAGCCUGCCCUAAGUGAGAAGAGAGAGUUGAAGAGAGAGGGAAAGACAGAGAGAAACAUCGAUGUGAGAGAAACACAUUGACUGGUUGACCUCCUGCACACAUCCUGACCAGGGCCUGGGCUGGGGAGGAGCCUGCAACCAAGCAGACUUCCUUGAUAACAUGCUUUUGCGAAGUUCAGGAAAAUUAAAUGUGGGCACCAAGAAAGAGGAUGGUGACAGUACAGCCCCCACUGCUCGUCCAAAGAUCUUGCGUUGUAAAUGCCACCACCACUGUCCGGAAGACUCGGUCAACAAUAUUUGCAGCACAGAUGGAUAUUGCUUCACGAUGAUAGAAGAAGAUGAUUCUGGGAUGCCUGUGAUCACGUCGGGAUGUCUGGGACUAGAAGGCUCAGAUUUUCAGUGCCGGGACACUCCCAUUCCUCACCAAAGGAGAUCCAUUGAAUGCUGCACAGAACGCAAUGAAUGUAAUAAAGAUCUGCACCCUACGUUGCCUCCACUGAAAAACAGAGAUUUUGUUGACGGAUCUGUACACCACAAAGCCUUACUUAUAUCUGUGACUGUCUGUAGUUUCCUGUUGGUCCUUAUCAUUUUAUUCUGUUACUUCAGGUAUAAAAGACAAGAAGCCAGACCUCGGUACAGCAUUGGGUUGGAACAGGAUGAAACUUACAUUCCUCCAGGCGAAUCCCUGAAAGACUUAAUUGAGCAGUCUCAGAGCUCAGGAAGUGGGUCAGGCCUCCCUCUGCUGGUCCAAAGGACUAUCGCUAAGCAGAUUCAGAUGGUGAAACAGAUUGGGAAGGGUCGCUACGGGGAAGUUUGGAUGGGAAAGUGGCGUGGCGAAAAGGUGGCCGUGAAAGUGUUCUUCACCACCGAGGAGGCCAGCUGGUUCCGCGAGACAGAGAUUUAUCAGACGGUGUUGAUGAGGCAUGAAAACAUUUUGGGGUUCAUUGCCGCCGAUAUCAAAGGGACAGGGUCCUGGACCCAGUUGUACCUAAUCACAGACUAUCAUGAAAAUGGUUCCCUCUAUGAUUACUUGAAGUCCACCACCCUGGAUGUUAAAUCGAUGCUGAAAUUAGCCUAUUCUUCCGUCAGUGGCUUAUGUCAUUUACACACCGAGAUCUUUAGUACCCAAGGCAAGCCAGCAAUCGCCCAUCGAGAUCUGAAAAGUAAGAACAUCCUGGUGAAGAAAAAUGGCACUUGCUGUAUAGCCGACCUGGGCCUGGCUGUUAAAUUUAUUAGCGACACAAAUGAAGUUGACAUACCACCCAACACUCGUGUUGGCACCAAGCGCUAUAUGCCUCCAGAAGUGUUGGAUGAAAGCUUGAAUAGAAAUCACUUUCAGUCUUACAUCAUGGCCGAUAUGUACAGCUUUGGGCUCAUUCUUUGGGAGGUGACUAGGAGAUGCGUAUCAGGAGGUGCAGUGGAAGAAUACCAGCUUCCCUAUCACGACCUGGUGCCCAGUGACCCCUCUUAUGAGGACAUGAGAGAGAUUGUGUGCAUCAAGAAGCUCCGUCCCUCAUUCCCCAGCCGGUGGAGUGGCGAUGAGUGUCUGAGGCAGAUGGGGAAACUAAUGACCGAGUGCUGGGCUCACAAUCCUGCGUCCAGACUGACAGCCCUGCGUGUGAAGAAAACACUUGCCAAAAUGUCAGAGUCCCAGGACAUUAAACUCUGAUUUGAGGGGGGAAAAGAGAAGACAAAAGUAAAGAAAAAGAAAGCAUCAGUGGAGAAAGCCAGCUCUUCCUCUCUUUGCGGGCAGAGUAGAAAAUGUUCCCGAAGCACCCACAGUCCAAGCCUCGGACAGCCCUGCUUCCCAGUGGGUUCAGUGUCACCACUCGGGGAGCAGCGUGGACAAAGGCAGAAGUUCCCAGAAACAGGGAUCCCUUGUGUGUGGCGGAGGUUGAAACCGCUCGGGUAACUUGUUGAAGACGUGGUGCACGUUGCUUUCUAAGAAAGCCCUGUAUUUUGGGAUUGCCCCCUCUUUUUAUUUUUUCCUUUUCAAAAGAUGCUUUAAUUUUGCCAAAAUAUAACAAAGAAUUUAGAUGUUUUAAGGUUGUUACUAUUCUAGUUUAAAUAAUAACAAUGAGAGUUCCUUGCAGAAAUUCUGCUAGAAAGGAAAUUAAAAUAGUUUUUUUUUUCAUUGGUAAAAUUUUGUUGCACUCUACACACCAGAAGACAGUCUGUGAGGUUGGAGACCAUAGAAUGGAACUGUCUGAAAAGCCCGCCCCUGCCUGCUCUGACCACUUUGGCCAGCCCUGCUUGGGGGGCUGCCACAGCAAUGUGAAUGCACCUGGGUACACAUGCCACCUGUCUGGGACCCACUUGGGGAUUCUUGCAGGUGACCUUUUGCAGCUUCAGAGGAUAUGGAACAAAUGAAGAUUUUGUGUGAUUCUAUUAGAAGUCAGUGUCAGUGUUCUUCAGAACCACUUUGUGUUUCUGAUUCUGUUAGGCAUCUCUUUCAUGGUCAAAUCUCUUCCUUUUCAUUAAACACAAGCAAAGCUUUUUUUUUUAAUGUGCAGAGAACUGACCGAUGCAUGCUUUUGAUCUCUCAAACGAAAGGCUCAAUAUUCAGUGAAAUUGCCAUCAGUUGAGUUGAUGACCACACCCUUUAAAAUAGAGAUCAUUGGCUCUUGUGUUGUAAGAUGCCCGUGUUAGUAGGGUAGAGGAUGGGGUUGGAGGUGCACAUGGCUUGUUUCCUAUAUAUGCAGAAGAGCCAAUCACAGAAGCCUGAGAGUAAAUGGUGCACCCCUUAUUUUGUAUAGAUAAAACCAGCUUCUUUUCAUUAUUGUCUGUGUCUUGUGUCUGAGUUAAGGGAAGGAGAGGAAGCAUAUGUCAGGUUAAUGUAACUAAAUUUUAAUUUAAAAAUAGAUAGCUAUAUCCUCCGAAUGGGACACAGAGGAAAGUUAGUGGAAGCCACAAAAUAUUCUGGCUGCUGUGAUUUAUUUUUCUAGAAUAGAUAUGGAUCUGGCAUGUACAUCAUAAGUGGUAAUUUCAUAUCUUUUAUCUAUUUUAUUCUCAUUAUGUUCAGUUCACUUUUUAAUUUAUUAUUUUUGUAUUCUCUGUGGCACUUGUGCAAAACAUCUCUUCACCCACUUAAUUCUGCAGAGUUUUCACUAUUGAGACACGAGUCCAAUCAUGGACAGGGCCAACAUUCCUGAGCGACAGGAACAUAAAGUUCAAAAUUGUACACAUCCCCCUCACCUGUAUUCAUUUACAUGUUCUUACUACGGUUUUCCGUUUUUCCUUUACUUCUCAGAAAUUCUGUAAUUUAAUAAGGAAUUGGGAAAUACUUCCUCCCUAGUCUUAAAUAAA